GGACUUCCAAGAGAGUGAUGUCAUGAGCCUACCUCUAAUCAGAGUGAAUGAAGGGGUGCUUCAGCCAAAAUCACCCCCUAAACGUUCCUAGCAGAUCCCAUUAGAUGCAGAUGUUUGCUGAAGGCAGUAAUGGGGUUUGCAGCGCUAACAAACUACAGAGAAGCGUAUUUCUUGGUGUGAUCACCUGACACAGGAAGCUGAGGCACAGAUGAAAGGCUCGCUUGGGACAACAAUGAAGAACAAGGUAGUUUGAGCGCAGGCAGGGAGAUUGCGCCGAAGGUGGGGGCAAAGGCAAUGUGGCCUACUACCCAUGCUGUUGGGUGUUUGUGACUUCGCAGAAUCUUGGAGUUAUGGCUCUUAUAAGAAUGCUAUGUGAAACCAUGACAUCUGAAAAAUGUCAGAGGAGUGCCUACAGUGCUUUGCACUUACUGCAAAGAAGAGAAUAAAUGAACAAAGCUGAUUAUGCUAAAAGAGAGCUAUCUAAAGCAUAAUGGAAGGUUCCAGGCAGACUCGAGUGUCCUGGCCACACAAAAUCAGUGAGUCAUCAAAGUUAUACAGAUGGGAGGACCACUCUACACAUGUCCUCCAUGCUUUUAAUGAGCAAAGGCAAAAAGGCCUGUUCUGUGAUGUUGUCUUGGUGGCAGAUGAGCAGAGAGUCCCUGCUCACAGAAACCUCUUGGCUGCUUGUAGUGACUAUUUUAAUUCUAUGUUUACUAUUGGAAUGCGUGAGGCCCACCAAAAGGAAGUCGAAUUAGUUGGGGCUUCUUAUUUAGGACUGAAAGCUGUGAUUGAUUUCUUGUACAACUGUGACUUGUCCUUGGAUGGUGGAAAUAUUGAUUAUGUUUUAGAGACGGCUCAUCUUUUGCAAAUCUGGAAAGUGGUGGACUUCUGCUGUGAGUAUCUGGAGAAUGAGGUGAGUGAAGAGAAUUAUCUUUAUCUCCAAGAACUGGCUUCGAUUUAUAGCUUGGAACGCCUUGGUUCCUAUAUUGAUUCCUUUAUUCGACAGAACUAUGCUACGCUUUCCUUCACAGCUGACUUUUUGCAAAAUAUCUCCACCCAGAAGAUCUGCCAAUAUUUAAGCAGCAACCAAAUACAACAUGUAGGUGAACAUGAUCUCCUGCAGUCUGCUUUGCAGUGGCUGACACAUUCUCCUGAAAGAGACAACCUAGGUUAUCAGGUCCUCCAGAACAUUCGGUUUCAACUGAUUCCUAAGAGUGACCUCCUACACAGAGUAAAGCCUGCUGUAUGCUCUCUUCUCCCAAAAGAAGCUAACUGUGAGAGCUUGGUGGAGGAAGCUGUCUAUUAUCAUAAUAAUGUGUCUGUUCAGCCGUUGCUUCAAAAUACACGAAGCUCCCUGCGCGCUGGAGUUGAGAGACUUUUGUUUGUAGGGGGAGAGGUAUCUGAACAUUGUCUUGAGCUGAGUGAUGACGUCUGUAGUUUGGACAUGACAAAGGUGCAAUGGUUGUCUGAAACACAGCUGCCAGCAAGACGUAGUCAUCAUUGUGUCACGGUUCUAGGGAACUUCAUCUUUGUUGCUGGUGGAAGUUUCUCAAGAGACAAUGGUGGGGACGCUGCCUCCAACCUCCUCUACAGGUAUGAUCCCCGCUGGAAUCAGUGGAUCAAGGUAGCCUCCAUGAACCAACGUAGAGUAGACUUUUAUCUGGCAGCUGUAUCUGAUAGGCUUGUGGCAGUUGGUGGAAGAAAUGAAAGUGGGGCCUUAUCUUCUGUGGAAUCAUAUUGCCCUCAGCAGGACACCUGGACAUAUGUAUCAGAGUUGCCAAGAUUCACAUAUGGUCAUGCUGGAACGGUUCAUAAAGAAUUUAUUUAUAUCUCAGGAGGACAUGACUACCAGAUUGGACCAUAUAGAAAAAAUCUACUUUGUUAUGACCAUCGUGCAGAUGCGUGGGAAGAGAGGAGGCCAAUGAUCACUGCUAGAGGCUGGCACAGCAUGUGCACACUGGAAGACAGUAUAUAUUCUGUUGGUGGCAGUGAUGAUAAUCUAGAAUCCAUGGAACGAUUUGAUAUAUUGAGUGUAGAGUGUUACAGCCCCCAAUGCAAUCAGUGGACGCGAAUAGCCCCAUUGCUUCAGCCAAACAGUGAAUCAGGGGUGGCUGUCCUGGAUGGCAAGAUUUAUAUUCUUGGUGGUUACAGCUGGGAAAAUACAGCAUUUUCCAGAACUGUGCAGGUGUAUGACAAAGAGAGACAAAAAUGGGUCAAAGGGACUGACCUACCUAAAGUCAUUGCUGGCGUGUCUGCAUGUGUGUGCAUCCUAAAAACCGGAACCGAUGAGAGUAAGAGAACAAAGACAAAAAGGCACUCAGAUAGAGGCCGAUGAGCACAGGACUUAAUAAUACAAUUUCUGAGUGCUGCGUGUGUUAAAUAACAGAAUCUGUUCACAGAUAGACAGGAUAUCUGUGAAGGUUUUGCUUAUUUUGGUUCAAGUAGCAGCUUUGGUUUUCUCUUUUAGUUUUCUUUAUGAAAUUAGUUUUCCUUUUUUUAAACACAUUUUAAUGCAUUACAGUUCCCAUACACUCCUUUUUGAGUUGCAAUUCCUGUAUUUCCAGUGACCCACAUUUCGAAUGGUGCUCUCCUGUUCAUCAGAAAUGGCAAACUUGGCACAGUGUUUGGGCAGUUGAGCGGGCACUUCAGUUUGAUAACGUUUACAGUGACAGCACACAGAAUAAGCUGCAGAAAAGGGGCAGCUUACCCUCUAGGUUCUGGCCUCUAAAAUACUGUGCCCUAUGCAUUUAAUGACUAAUGCACCACUGAAAAUAUUGCCCUUAUGGAUAUUUUGGAAUGAAUUUUGGCCAGGUAGCUUGCUCAUUUGAUUUCUUUUGCAAAUCAGAGUAUUGGAAACGGUUUUGUGAUCACUGAUACCAAGUGGGGUAAAGAUUAGGUUUUUAUAUGGGGUACAGUUCAUUUUUUUUUUUUUUUCUUGCCUGAAACCAAUCCACUUUUUUCUAGAAUACAUUAAAUUGAGGUGUAUUUUUCUAUAGGCUUUAUUUCUGUAAACAUCCAUUAUAUGAUUCAAUAGAGAAGAUACAUACCUACCAAAUGGCAUUAAUUAGUUGGCUACAGAAUUCAGCAUGAUUUUUACUUUAUUAAAAGGAGAAGGGAUACCAUUUUCUACUUGGGGUGCCAAAAGUUAGGCACCCCCAAGUGACUACUUUUACUUACCUGACACCCCGGGCCGGUGCACCUAUCAGCAGAAAACCACACCGGCCUGGGGUUCUUCUAGUGAGCACCACGGAGUGAGGCCCCGUGGUUCUUCUAGUGAGCACUUCCUGUUUCUUUUUAAAUUUCCUGGGGCAUGCCCAGUAGAAUGAAAUAGCUGGCUUUUUCGUUAAAGUUCGGCUUUUCACUCUACUGCCCAUGUGCAGCUGCGAGAAGAAAGAAGAAGCAG